AUGCAUUUCCCGGUAGCUUUGACUGCGCUAUCGCUACUGUCCGUCACAUCAGCACACAAAGGUCACAAGCGACGAUCCGUCCCGUCGAGUCCUCAAGCAUUGAACAAGACGCUCACAAAUACCAUUCUAAAUGCUGGAGGUCCCAUCCUUCACUACAAUGGCACUGGUCCCGUACCUUCUUACAAUGAAACGUCUCCUCUCCCAGUACCAUUGCCUAUUUUAAGUAAGCAAGAAAUUGAAGAUAACAUCUUCAAUGAGAUUCAAGGAAUUGUUAACGGAAAUGGACUCACGACCGACUGCGCAAAAUGCAUUGCCAGUACAGAAGUCAUGCAUCUUGCAGCUAUCAUGCAACCUGUUGAGACGAUUGUGAAUCUUCUUAUUCGUGCCUGUGAAACGUUUCCGAAGGUCCAUGACAGUAUCUACGCCCAGACCUGUUAUGAAGAGUACUCCGGAAUUGGUGGAACUGGUCCGUAUCUUGCUCAACUAUUUGCAAAAAUGAGCAUGGCGACCGAUGAUAUGCAAGGUUACUGUUUUUAUGUAUGGGAUACUUGCAGUAUACCCGCGACAAUUCCUAUCGAUGAAUCUGCAUAUUUUAAACCUAAACCAGCAAACAAAACAACGGCUCCUUCGCCAUCUAACCAAACUAUAGAUGUUCUACAUCUCUCUGAUUGGCAUUUAGACUCACGAUAUGAUAUUGGCAGUGAGGCUAAUUGCUCUCAGUAUUUGUGCUGCAGACCAUAUUCAACUAACACUGACCUCGAUACGACGGGUGACAACCCAUCUACGCCUGCGUCUCGUUUUGGAUACUUCUAUUGCGAUUCCCCUCCUGACUUGGCUCUCUCUGCCUUUUCAACUAUGGACCAAUUUAUCAACAGGUCUGAUGUAGCAUUUACAAUAUUUACUGGUGAUAUUGUAAGCCACGAUAAUGACGACCAAAUAAGUCGAGCCUAUGUAGAGUAUGAAGAGACGGUCACCUACCAAACUUUUAAGGCUCAAAUGAAGAACAGUCCCAUCUAUGCGACCUUAGGAAACCAUGAUUCUCUACCGGAGGCUCUGAAUACUCCCAAUUCUAUCAACAACUCCACGGGACAAUCCAAUGUGUUUUCAUGGAAUUAUAAUUUAUUGUCCAGCUUGUGGCUGAACAAUGGAUGGAUUGAUAGUGAAGCAGCCCAGUAUGCAUCAAAUCACUAUGGUGCAUAUGCCACGGUCACAUCUCAAGGUUUAAAGAUUAUCUCUAUCAAUACAGACUUCUGGUAUACGGCCAACAUCUUCAACUUCUUCAACAUGACAAAUCCAGACACUUCUGGAAUUCUUACAUUCCUUGCCAACGAGCUUCAAAAAUCGGAGGAUAUUAAUCAACGCGUCUGGAUCAUCGGACAUGUUCUUCCGGGAUAUGAUGGUACAAAUGCGCUUCCCAACCCCACAGCCUUGUUCUACAGUAUCGUUGCUCGGUUCUCUCCAUUGACCAUCGCGGGAAUAUUCUUUGGUCACACACACGAGGAUCAGCUCAUGAUCUACUAUGAUUUCCUACCCAACUCGACAAUUUCCAGCAACACAUCGUCGGUCAUUCGUAAUACCACGUUGGUGGAUUACAACAACCCUAUUCAAGUUGCAUACAUAGGGCCUUCUAUUACCCCUCUUACCGGACUCAACGCUGGAUGGGUUGAUCUUCAGGUCGAUGCUUCGACUUUCUCAGUUAUUAAUUCUCAAACUUACUUCGCCAAUAUGUCCAACGCUAACUCCUGGACAACACCAACAUGGGAACUCGAGUACGAUACGCGUCAAGUAUAUGAUCCAAAUACUACUUGGCCCGUUAAUGCUCCUCUGGAUGGCGCUUUCUGGCAUGGAGUGACAGAGGAUAUGUUAGCAAACAACACUUUAGUAGAAGUCUAUAAUUUCCUGGAAACCAAAAGUUCCGCAAUGACGGAAAGCUGUAGUACAGAAGCUUGUGCGAAGCAGAAAGUUUGUUAUUUGAGAAGUGGAAGUGCAACAUUGGGUUAUGCUUGUCCCGAUAGCGACGGACCUUUUUGA